AUGGCGUCCAGACCCCAGCUCGUUACGAACAGGGAGUUGUUCACUGCGUCGCCGCCGCCGAUGACCCCUUCGUCUCCCGUGAACCCGACGACGAGUUCCGAUCGGCCAACUCCACGGGUCUACUUCCGGCGCGAGAGCCUGGCAGUGGCCGGUGCGCGCCGCUCCUCGUUCUACAACUCGUACUCUCCGUCGUCGCCCAUCGCAGUCGCUGCGAGACGACGCUCCGGCUCUGGUUCUUUCGGUUCUGCACCCAGCUCCAGCUCGUUCUUAGCCCGUCCCGAGCGACUCGGCACGUCUGGGUUCGGCGUGAGUUUCCGUAACGCGUUCGCGUCGCCGCUCGACGAGGAGACGAUCGAGGAGAUCUCGAGUGGCGAACUCUCCCCAGGCUCAACGACCCCGGCAUCCCGAAUCCCUGGCCAGUCGCGCACUCUGCCGAUUCCGCGCCGCCGACGAUCGAGCGUGAUAGGCCAGGUCCACUGGCUGCCUGGCGGAGCGGGCGGCGAGACAGGUGAUGAGCCUGGUGUCGACGUUCGUAGCGCCCGCGACCAGGAGGCAUACGGGCACUUGAAGUCGAACACGUCGAUUACUGUCAUCGACUACUCGUCAGACCCAGACGCCGAAGACACCAAUGUCCGCAUUGACUUUCCCGGCUCCAAGCUGGCCAGCUGGUUGAACAGUCACGCGGGAAAGCGGCCACUCGGCGACGACGGCAAACCCCUCGGUGUCCGCUGGAUACAUGUCACCGGUCUCAACUGGGAGGUCAUGAAGACGCUCACGCUGCGCUACCAACUCCAUCCGCUCGCAGUCGAGGACGCACUGCGCUCCAGCCGCUCACCGAGAUCCAAGAUUGACUACUACCGAACCCACAUGUACCUCCAGAUCCUAGUGCAGAACAUUCACGGACCGGAUAAGGACGCACUCACGAAGGCGACGGCCGAGUUAGCGCAGGGCGAAGAGGGGAGACAAUGCUGCGACGACGCGGACCACGACCACGACCAUAGGGUCGACGACAUUGAGACGGUCGCGCCCAAGAAGCAGCGCUGGUGGCAUACCCACCCUGAGGGCCAGAUCCGGCUCCCCGAGGGCGUGGACGCGGUCUUCGGUCCUACGAUGCCCGGUCAGCAGCGCCGCAAGAAGGACAAGGACAAGACUCACACCGAGGCACCGUCCGAGGUGGAUAUGACCGAGACGCACAGGAUGGUGGUCGACCAGCUCGCCGCGUCGUACAUGGUGCCUAUUCGGAAGGGCAUCAUCUCGGCGUUCAUGAUGCGCGAUGGUCUCAUCAUCACAAUGUGCGAGAACGAUAUGAGCGAGGCUCUCGAACCCAUCUACGAGCGUGUCGAGGAUGAACACUCGCUCCUCCGCCGCAGCGGCGACGUGAGCAUGCUCGCACAGGCACUCCUCGACGUGACGGUCGACCUGAGCAUUGAGAUUGCGCAGGCGUUCGAAACCGAGAUCCUCAAGGCUGAGAGCCAGGUGCUCGUAUUCCCGCAACUCGAGUUCGUACGCCGCCUCUUCAUCGUACAGGCGCAAAUCACGCGUUUCCGCCGCCAACUCACCCCGCUCUUGUACGCGUGCUACAUAAUCCGCGACCAGGAUACCGCUCGCUCCGCCGCCGCUGGCGAACUCACUCACCCCCGCGGUCGGCGCACCAACUCGAACGCGACGACCGCAAGCCUGAGCGCGAUGGGUGCGGGAAACGGUGCGGGAAACGGGAACGGGGUAGGCGCGCCUCUGCCAACCAUGGGCCUUGGUCCGUCGCAGGGCAUUUCGCCUCACCUCGCUGCUGGACCACAGGGCAUCCCUAACAUCCACGGACUUCAUGGCGGCAACGCCGCCGUACCUGGCUUUGCGAUUCCUGGCCUAGCGCCUGCCGGCGCAGGCACUGCUGCGGGUCUUGGUGGCGGCUUUGGCGGCCUUGGUGGAAUGCCUGGUAUGCCGCUUGCCCCGAACGUUGCGAUUCCGGGCUCGGGAACCUGUGCCGACAUGCCGCCAUCCGUCAUCCCGGAGGAGGGCGAGUGGCCGCCUAGCAGGCGCACACCAAGCCCGCGCGAGGGUAACGGCAACUCUACUCCACGAUCCAACAUCCCGACACCAGCGAACAAUGCCACAGUCGCUGCGAACGCGGCAACAGCAGCAGCCGUGAACUCGGGCCACGCGUACAUGGCGCAAGGGUACUUCUCGCUGCUGAGCAAGGUGUACAUGAACGACAUUAUUGACCAUCUCGAAAUGGUCGUGGGCUCGUCGGAGCAGUUUGUCGGCACGUGUGACCACCUCACAGACUACGUAUUCAACGUCCUCUCCUUCCAGACCAACAACAGCAUGGAGCGUCUGAGCAUUGUGACUGUGAUUUUCCUUCCUCUUACUUUUAUCUCAUCAUACUUUGGCAUGAACUUCACCGACUUCCCGGCCCUCGAGACAGACGUAUGGAACGGGUUCUGGAAGUACGCCGCGCCUCUGACCAUCGCCUUCUUUGUCAUCUUCUCCUUCUCGUACAUCCGGACCGGGUGGGAAACGCUCCGGCGCCGCCUCGAGCGCCGGCAGCGCGAGCGUGCGAUGCUAGGCCGACGGUUCUCGUACGAAAAGCUAUAG